UGGUGAAGGAGAAAAGAAUAGCGACCACUUUUUUGUUUCUUAUUUUCUCUCACCUCUCUGUCUUUGGGGAGGCUAAGGUUAUUUCUAUAUGUUUUGUUGUGAAAGUGAAUUAUCUGUUUUUCUCAGAUCACCCUCCAUUUUCAUUCCUUUCUCACUUCUUUUCUUUUCUCCCCUUAUAUUCAUAUAGUUUCACCAUGGGAAUAUUCAAGGGGUGAAAAAUAAUAUAUAGUUACUACUGCAAGGAAGGAAAAGGUGAGAAAGAGAAAGAAAGAGACGACAGACGGAGGACUGCACACAUACACAGUGAGAAAGGAAAUGAAAGGAAAUGAAAAGAAAGGAGGGAGGGAAUUGAAGAAGCUUUCAAUAAUAACACACAGAAGGGAUAUGUCUAGCUAUAAGAGCUUUAUAUCCUUUCAUAUGUUGCUGCAACUCUAACAAGGUCUGCCUAUAUAUACACACACACACACUCUCUCUCUCUCUCUCUCAUAUAUAGCUGAAAAUGAUCAAAAGGGUUACAACAACAUCCAAAACAUAAUCAACAUAGACUUGUUUCAUCCCUUACACCAUUUUUUUUCUUUUUUUCCUUAACUGAGAGAAUUUGAUCCUUUCUGUUCCUAUCUUUCCUUUUUCUUUUUUCCUUUUUGUUUGAUGAGAGAGAUUUUUUUUUUUUUUGUGAUGGGUGUUAUUUGUUUCUCUAUGUGAGUUACCGAUUCAUAAUUGAAACAGCAAGAAGGUGAAGGAAUUUGAUAGACGGAGAGAGGUAAAUAAAGAAAAAGGAUCUGAUGAUGAAGAAGACGAUGCUGAUAUGGGAAUAGCAACGCCACCACUCGUCGCAUCAAUUCUUUCUCAAGAAUCUCAACCCUCCAAAAAAAUUCACCAUCAAAUCCCAAUUCAACACAAGAGCAACAAUUCUACUAAUUCUAUGUCCCAAGAUUACCAUCAAGCAGCUGGCAUCUUCAGCUUCUCGAAUGGGUUCGAGAGAUCAGCCGUAAGCCACCAAGAACACCAACAGCAGCAGCAACAGCACUUAGAACAGCAGAUCCGGAGAGAUAAACUAAGAGUUCAAGGCUUUGAGCCGCCACCUCCACCAUUAGUAGGGAUAGAAGAGGAAGAAUCAACUUCUCUUCCUGUUUAUGAAACCGCAGGUAUGUUAUCCGAAAUGUUCAAUUUCCCUUCGGGUGCGGCUGCUGCCGCUGCCGCCGCCACUGCCUCGACCGAGUUACUAGACCAGCAUGUACGGCCGAAUUAUCGAGCACACCGGCCCCCAGGUAAUACCAACGAGUGGUAUAGCAACAGGCAAGGUGCUGUUGGGGGUUUGGGACAGUUAGGUGAAUCGAAGAGUCACAUUACCCGUGACAGUUUAGCUCAGCAGCAGCAGCAGCUACCAAGCAUUAAUGCCGACUCAGCAGCUGCCAUGAAUCUUUUCUUGAUGAAUCCGCAGCAACGAUCACCAUCUCCUCCUCCACCUCCUCCAGCAACUUCUUCUAAUACUCUUCACAUGUUGCUUCCAAAUCCAUCUACUUCUCUUCAAGGGUUUAACGUAUCAGGUCCUGGAGGGGGUUUCGGCACAAGUACUGUUCUAUCUCCACCUCAAUUUACUUGGGUUCCUGGUAGUGCUCAUGAAGGAGGCAACAACACUGAUUCCCAACUCAGCAGCCUAAAUGAAAUUGGAAGUGUUGUGGAAGGCCAAGGUCUUUCACUAUCUUUAUCAUCUUCUUUGCAACACUUGGAGGCUGCUAAAGCUGAAGAAUUAAGGAUGGGAGACGGGGGUUUACUGUACUAUAAUCAAGGAGGGGGUUCCGCUCCUCAGUUUCAUCAGUACAGGAAUUUGGGUAGUCAUCAUCAUCAGACAAUGCAUCUGCAAGGCGGAGUGGGACAAAACCAACAGGUUCAUCAUGUUGGGUUCGGAUCCUCAUUAGGAAUGGUCAAUGUAUUAAGAAAUUCAAAGUACGUUAAAGCAGCUCAAGAAUUGUUGGAAGAAUUCUGCAGUGUUGGAAGAGGCCAGUUCAAGAAGAACAAGUUCGGUAGAAACAACACAAACCCUAGUUCUGAUCCUGGUAGUAGCGGCGGUGCAGGUGGUGGUGGUUCUUCUUCAUCAACAAAGGAUCUCCCUCCUUUAUCAGCAGCUGAUAGAAUUGAACACCAAAGAAGGAAGGUCAAACUGUUAUCCAUGCUUGAUGAGGUGGAGAGGAGAUACAACCAUUACUGUGAACAAAUGCAAAUGGUAGUGAACUCAUUCGAUCUGGUGAUGGGGUUUGGGGCAGCAGUGCCAUAUACCGCCCUUGCUCAGAAGGCGAUGUCAAGGCAUUUCAGGUGUUUGAAAGACGCGAUAUCAGCACAACUGAAACACAGCUGUGAGAUGCUGGGGGAGAAAGAUGGAGCAGGGAGCUCAGGCAUAACGAAAGGAGAGACGCCGAGGCUGAGGAUGUUAGAGCAAAGCUUAAGACAGCAAAGAGCGUUCAACCAAAUGGGUAUGAUGGAACAGGAAGCUUGGAGACCCCAAAGGGGCCUGCCUGAACGUUCAGUCAACAUUUUGAGAGCCUGGCUUUUCGAACAUUUUCUCCAUCCGUACCCAAGCGAUGCAGAUAAGCAUCUGUUGGCUCGACAGACUGGUUUAUCGAGAAAUCAGGUUUCAAAUUGGUUCAUAAAUGCCAGGGUUCGGUUGUGGAAACCCAUGGUGGAAGAGAUGUACCAACAAGAAACAAAAGAAGAGGGAGACCAUAAAAAUAAUAACAACAAUAAUCAUACAGAGAGAGAAAGGAACCCAAACAACAACAACAAUGCACAAACAUCGACGCCUUCGACAACAGCAGCGCCAACUACAACAACAACCACCUCAGUAGGCAAAGGAUCCCAAAUCAAUGCCACUGAAAACGACCCUUCACUCAUUGCAAUCAAUACUCCCCAAUGCUUCUCGGAAAACCAAGCAAACCCCAACGCCGCUGAGGUGGCACCACCCAUUUCCCAGCCUUUCACCACCUCCAUCCCCCAUGACUCGGAUAUCCACCACCAAAGGAUAGCUGGCACCACCGUUGCAGCAGCGGAUUACGGGACCACAGCCGGUGGUAACACGGACAUUGGCUCGAGUCUCAUAAGGUUGGGUACCACCACGGCGGGUGAUGUCUCACUCACUCUAGGGCUACGCCAUGCUGGAAACAUGCCUGAGAAUACCUCUUCUUUCUCAGUUAGAGACUUCGGGGGCCGUUAAUUAAUUCAAUUCCAAACAUACAUUUCAUAGUAUCCUCUUAAAAUAGAAAACAAUAAUCCCAUUUUGAUUUUUUGUUUUGUUUUCUUCUUCUUUUUUCACCCUAUUUUCUUCAAUUCUAUUAAGAAAAAGAAAGUGUUGCACAAUGAUCAAAACCUUAGCAUUAAGUUAGCUAGUUGUAUUUGGCUUUAUUACUAUAAUUGUAUAGUAGAUUGGUUUUACUUCUCUA